UUUGACAAUUCCGGAAAGUGUCAACAUAACCUCUACUCCUACCCGUGCAGCAGGAGCAUGUCCUUUGAAACAGCGAAAAAACCACAAAAUUCAGUGUCAGGGAAGGUUCUCCUUGCCAUAACAGGUGGUUUGGGAGUCGCUAUAACAUGCAUAUCGAUACCCUUCGUAUCACCAGCUUUCCGGAAAAUCUGUCUGCCCUAUGUUCCGGCUACUCCUGCCCAAAUCAGGAAUGUCUUGAGUGCUCUCCACAGAGCUGAUGGGGUGGCAAAAGCCCCUAGGAACCUUCUACUGGAUAUUGGAUCAGGAGACGGAAGAAUAGUUAUAGCUGCUGCGCAGAACGGGUACAAAUCCCAUGGAGUCGAGCUCAAUCGUUGGCUAGUGCAUUAUUCAAGACUCUCAGCUGCAAGAUCAGGCGUCUGGAGUGACGUGAAGUUCUUCAAGAAGGAUCUCUGGCGUUUCAAUAUCUCCCCGUACAGUCACAUCGUCAUCUUCGGAGUGGACUGCAUGAUGGAGCAAUUAGAGAAGAAAAUCUUAGCCGAAAGCCAAGAAAAGUGCACAGUAGUUGCCUGUAGAUUCCCCUUUCCAACCCUCCAGCCCAUCCAUACCAUUGAUGCUGGAAUCGACAGCGUCUGGACAUAUUCAAUAGACCGGCAGAUGACUAGAACAUGUAGCAAUGUUCAGUGAUUUUAAUUUGUUAAUUUUUCUCAAAAAAAUGUAAGAUCACAAUGCAAAGAAAUUGACUUUUUUUAAAAAAAGAAAUGACUGAGGAGUAAAAUGCUCAAGAGAAAUGGGCUAAAAAUUAAAAGAGAGUAUAUAGAUAAUUUUAAUGAGAAUAAAAAUGGGAGAGGAGGAUAAA